AUGGCGGAUGAUCAGGAUGACGGUUUGUUUCAGAAAGUCCACAAUUUUAUUUGCGGUAGCGGCGGUUUUGUUGAAUUACCAGUUCUUUUCAGGCGUCCUGCACCUCUGGGGAGCAGAAAAUCCUCGCCGGAAUCGAGAAAGUGGCUUAACAAUCGGAGUGAAUUCGCCUUUGUGAAAGAUCACAAUGGCGAAGACAAAGGUGUGCGAAUCAAUUUGAGAAAGAAAAUCUGCCAGCAGUAUGUGGUGAAAGGCUUAUGUCGACGGGGUCAGAACAAGUGCAAACACUGGCAUAUCUGUAAAAGCUUCAUCGAAGAAGAAUGCAAUGGAGCUUGUGGUCUGUCUCAUGACUUCCAUGGCCAUGGAAACGAUGACAAACUAAAAGAACUUGGACUCGAGAAGUAUUCGAAUGGAAGUUUGCGAAAAAUUAUUGCUUGGAGUCUGCCGACGAUCUGCGAACUGUACUUAAGAAGUGAAUGCAAAUGUGACAAAUGUCCAUAUCUUCAUAUUUGUGCUAAAGAGGCACAUGGUGUCACAUGCAGUUGUUCACUUUCACACAACCUCACGGAUUCUCACAACAUGAAUGUUCUCAAAGAGUACGAUUUAGUGCCACCAAAUCAAAUUGUCAACGUCGACUUCGUUCGUUGUAGUAUUUUAGUUUUCGAUAAACAGCGGUUGCUAAGUUUCAGCCAAGAUAUGGCUGCUAUGACACCAAAACCAGCUCCAAGCCGAUUCAAGAAUAGUACAGCGGCCAGAGUUUUCUUUGAACGUUUAUGCAAGGAAUUUAGCUGUUCGGCAUCCUUAGCAAAUCUUCUUGAGCAGAAAGUUGUCCUUCCGAGCGAAGUUGAAGAUUUCGAUUCGCUUCUUGAAGAAAGCAAAGAUAAGUUCUUGGUCACCCGUAAUGAGCGUGGAGCUAUUCAAGAUGUCACAGCAUUCUGUCCAAAACUGCGUUUGUGUCGUGACUUUGUGUCUUCGACCAACGAGUGCAGAAAGAAUCGGUGCGCAAAUUUUCAUCUGUGCAGAAAAUUUGUCACAGGGACCUGCAUUUACGGCGAAAGCUGUUCCAGGAGCCAUUCAUUUCGAAACAAGAGAGACGCAGAAACUCUGUCGAAUCUUUGUUUUGACGGGCUAACAGAUGAGCAGCUCUGUCAACUUAUGAUGUCAUCAUCUCCUCAAGUUUGCCUGGAUUACAAUAACAGCAGCUGUAACAGAGACAGCCUUUGCUCCCGAGUCCACAUUUGCAAGAGAUUCGUGAUGAAUGCCUGCGGAAAGGGAAAGUCCUGCUGUUUAGAUCACAAGCGGGCCCUUGAUACCCUUCACACCAGCUCUAUACUUGAGAAGUAUAAAAUAGAUGACACUAACCUUAACAGCGUUUUGAGGGAUUUAUUAGUUUGUGAAGGACACAAAAGCGCGUGUGGCUCUAGCAUUGAGCCAACUAUGGGAAGGACAAAUUCUGGAUCUCUAGAUGGCCUGAAUAGUUUGCCGGCCAAGGACGGAGAUUUUGUCGAAAAGUGGUUGAUGGACCUUGAAACUGAACAAAACGCUUCUUCCCAGAGCAGAAUUAAGGCCCAGCGGCAGAAGAGGCGGUCAUCCGUAUCAAGUUCUUGUAGUUCUGUAGCACCUCAAAAUAAAUUCAAUCCUUCAAAGAAAACUGUAUUCACAAGCAUUUGCAAGGAACACAAUGGGACGGUUCCCUUUUCCAUAAUUUCCCAAAGACGAGAUUUAUUUAGCACAGGAAAUUCACAGAACAUUGCUAACUGGUUUCGACAAAGAAAUGAUAAAUUUAUCCUCACAGAGGACUCAGCUGGUAAUAUCUUGGAGGUCACUUCGUUUUGUCCAAAAGCAAGAUUGUGCUUCAACUACUUGACGUCGCAAAGUUGUUCAAGAGAGGACUGCCAGUUUUUUCACGUUUGUAGGGAAUUCAUAGCAGGAUCCUGCAAAUUCUCCAGCCGAUGCAAAUGGCGACACAAUUUCCAGUUUGACGAAGAUCGCGGCUUCAUCACCAAACUCGAGUUGGGUGAUCUUACGCAAGAAGAGCUUCGUAAAGUCUUGCGGUUCUCGAAGCCACAAGUUUGUUUAGACUACAACUAUGGAAGCUGUAAAAAAGAUCUUUGCGACCAGAUACAUAUUUGCAAGGACUACGUUAGGCGGAAGUGCAGCGACUUCGACGACUGUGAUUUGCAGCAUGAAAGUGCACUGGUGACUCCUCGUGCAUCUGAAAUAUUUAAAAAAUAUGGCCUGACAUGCUCAGAUUUAAGCACCAAGUCUAUGCUUAAGGAGGUCCUAGUUUGUGAGAGGUCUUCGAGCAUUCGCCAAGAAAGCCGAUCAAGCAGCGUUAGCAGUCUUAGAAGAAUACAGUCUGACGAUGAUUUUGUUUCUUCAGCUAAACCCACCUUCCCUACUAUAUCUGAUUGCCCUGAUCCGAGCAAUAGUUUAUCGAAACAGAAGACGUCAACGACCAAAUGGACCCCUUGUUGGCCAGACGAACAACAGGUCUUCGAACGUUUGUGUACAGAGUACGACUGUUCAGCUUCCUUCUCCGCGAUCGGAAAACGAACUGACCUAUUCCCUCAUGGGUUAGAUAGUGCUGAAUCUUGGUUUCGCAGAAGAAAAGGCAGCUUUUUAAUCAUUGAAAACGAAAAGGGAAAAAUUGCCCAAAUUGAAGCAUUCUCUACGAAGGCGCGUCUGUGCUUAAACUACAUCAGUGAAAAGCGGUGUCAAAAGGUUGACUGCCCAAAUCUCCAUGUUUGUAAAGAUUACAUUACGGACUCCUGUAGCCGUGAAGAGAUGUGUCCUCUGAAUCACCACGUUCAUAAUAAAAAAGACAAAGCCUUGUUGUCUACCUUUAAGUUGGACACGUUAACAGAGCAACAGCUACGCCGGCUUGUGCUACUAUCUACACCUCAGCUUUGUGUCGACUACAAUAAUGGGAUAUGCUCUGGUGGAAAUCCUUGUCGUAAGAUUCACAUAUGUUGUGGAUUUCUUAGGAAAUGCUGUAAAGGGGAGUAUUACUGUGAACUAGAUCACGAAGCAGCCUUGAAAACAAACCAUUCCCGCGCUGUUUUUGAUAGUCUACAGAUAAGAAAUCUCAGCAGCAACGACAUGGUGAAAAUGAUUCUUGAUGAUAGGCUCAGUCUGUCGGGCAAAGACAAAACAAACUGUAAGUUUAUACCAGUACUCUAAUCUCACGGAAACCGGCUACGUUUUUUAAAUAAUCUUACAAGAAAACAAUUUCUCAUGGCCCACUUAACGGGAAACCUAUGUAUUUUUACCUUUUUAGCAAGUUUUAUCGUACUUUAUGAGAACUGACGAUCGUAAUCAAGUAAACGUUCCCCCAGGAUUUCUACAAUUUGGCGUUCGUUAAGGAGAUUCAAAUAUAUUUGUUUUAUUGGUAAGGCACCCCGGUCUAUACCACUCAAGGGUCUCUUUGUUGUCUGAUUUAACAGGUCACGUUCAUAAUGACAAUCCAGAUACGCCCAUCUGCUCACAUUUCCUAAGUGGUGAAUGCCACAAAGGCGAACGAUGCAUGAAACACCACUGUUCUUUGCCAUACCUCUGGCAGUACGAGGUCCCACAAGUCCACCAGUGGAAAAGCUUCUCUGAGAUGGACAACUUAACGUUGGAAAAACUGUACUGUGACGUGAGCAUCGAUACCCAAGUAAAUUUCAAGCCUGCCCAGUUCCUUGACGCAUCUUUGUUUAAGAGGCAAGUGAUUAGACAGAUUUAGAAUCACACUUACAGGAAACAGCAAACGCCAGAUUCAAAUUUAAAAUGUUCUGACAAAUUAAGAAAAGAGCUGAUAUAUAAAAACAAACACAAUUGUUGUGAAGGAACCUGGAACAGGAGCCGUCGGUUCCUGAUGGAAUCAAAGUUUUUUGCACUGGACGAAAAAACGGAUUUACUAAUGUUUGCGAAAGGUGCAAAUAUGUGGUAAAUUUGGAGCUCCAAGUUUGCAUUACAUUUGCCCUGUCGGCUAAAGUGUGGGCAAAUUCAUAUAUUUGCUAGAUAGGUAUUGAUACGCAAAAGUCAAGUAAAUGUAAUGGUUUGAUACAAAUUUGAUACAUAUUUGCAGCAUGGGCAAAUCUUCAACAUUUCUACCAAUUUACUCAAAUUUACAUCCUUGGCAAAAAUGACAGUUUUCACUGUACUUCAAAUACAGGCAAAAAUAUUGCAAAACCACUAAUUUGCAGUGGUGUUUGCUCUUGUUUUUCCAGGAUACCAAAAGAACACUUUUGCAAGUGGUUUACUCGUAUUUGCCUUAAGAGCAAAAACAAUAAAUUUCUACACAUUUGGCUCUAUCAUAAAUUUGAACAUUUGUAUCAUAAUUAUCCAUAUUUGCAAGGGGAGCAAAUAUAGUGAACUGCAUAACAUUUGCUGACAGUCAAAGGUGAUGUGCAUGUGACAUUUCCUAUAUGUUUGAUUCGUUUUGUGACUAAAGUAAAUUUCCAAUCUCAACUGUAACAUUACAUUGUUACAAUAAAAUUUUGUACAUGCUGUAAGACUCUGCCAAGAGGUCCAACCCCUUACAUGCAUCUUUCCUGUUAACUGUUUUAUAUGCACUGUCAUUUUAAUAUAAAGGAAUCAGAAACCAGUUACUUUUUUUGACAAUUUUACAGUCACAAAUUUCUUCUCUUAGUCUUUUUACAGAACGAAUCAAACUUGGUCCAAAAUAAAAAGUUUUGUGGAUUUCAAACUCAGGGUUGUGAUUAUUCACUUGUACACAAUUUCCUCCUGGUCAUUUAACCAACAAACUUAAUUCAAAUUAAUACCAACAAUUUUCGUUUAACCGGUAUUUGUUGUAGUUUUGACUGCCCACCUAGAGAUGACCGCAUCUCGAUGGUGGGCUUCCUUUGAAAACCCAACAGUCAAUGCUACAACAAAAUAUGGUGAAACUGCUCACAAUUUUAUUUGAACAUUAACCCGUAAAUUUGGUUUGAAAGUAAUGUCACUCUAUUGUCUUUUUUGCAUCUCUCGCAAGUUAAAGUGAGAGUUCACAGAGACUGUGCGGUUUUCUCAGGUGCGUUUUAGAAGCUGCUGCCGUAAAAAAAGGUUACUACACUACCGGAAUUAAAACAUCGUGGAAAUUAUUAAUUUAAAGCCGCGGAGUAUUUUCCCCAACAAUGAAUAAUAUUACCUCUAACUUUCUGCGAUAACGCUGCAAAAUUUUUUAGGUUAUUUUUUUCAACCGAAUAGGCUGCGAAUUUAAUGCGAUGAUCAUUUUCACUUUCAUACCUUCAUCCGCAUUUCAUAUAUUUCAAUUCAUGCUUACCAAGAUCUCCCUAAUUUUAUGUCUGAACGCAAGGCUUUUUAAUGGAAUCUUCAUUUCAAGGCCAGAACUAACACUAAGCGCUAAACAGAAACUGCCUUAUGAAAAAACUUUUAAAAUUGACGCGCUGUUUUAAAGGCCUCACUGGAUCUGGAUGGGGUUAAAUAAAAACGUAAGCGAAACAUUAAUUUUGCAAUAUUUAAAUAAUGUCUAAAAAAUAAAGCUUCCCUCUGAGAUACCUGGCGAAUAAAAUUCUCACAGGGCCACAGCCUAAACAGGCUAAGCUGCUCUGUUGAAUCAGGAAGGCCAAACCUUUUUUCUUAAUGCUGGACAGAGAUUAAAACAAUAUCUAAAAGCGCGUUUUUAGUUCCCUCCGAGACACCCGGAGAAUAAAUUCUCACAGAGCCACAGCCUAAAAAGGCUAAGCUGCUCUGUUGAAUCAGGAAGGCCAAACUGUUUAACUUAAUGCUAGACGGGGAUUCAAAAAAUAUCUGAAAAGCGCGUUUUUAGUUCCCUCUGAGACACCCGGAGAAUAAAAUUCUCACAGAACCACAGCCUAAAAAGGCUAAGCUGCUCUGUUGAAUCAGGAAGGCCAAGCUUUUUUUCUUAAUGCUGGACAGAGAUUCAAACAAUAUCUAAAAGCGAGUUUUUAGUUCCCUCUGAGACACCCGGAGAAUAAAAUUCUCACAGAGCCAUGCACAGCCUAAAAAGGCUAAGCUGCUCUGUUGCAUCAGGAAGGCCAAACUUUUUUUCUUAAUGCUGGACAGAGAUUCAAACAAUAUCUAAAAGCGAGUUUUUAGUUCCCUCUGAGACACCCGGAGAAUAAAAUUCUCACAGAGCCACAGCCUAAAAAGGCUAAGCUGCUCUGUUGUAUCAGGAAGGCCAAACUGUUUUACUUAAUGCUAGACGGGGAUUCAAAAAAUAUCUGAAAAGCGCGUUUUAGUUCCCUCUGAGACACCCGGAGAAUAAAAUUCUCACAGAACCACAGCCUAAAAAGGCUAAGCUGCUCUGUUGAAUCAGGAAGGCCAAACGUUUUUUCUUAAUGCUGGACAGAGAUUAAAACAAUAUCUGAAAGCGCGCUUUUAGUUCCCUCUGAGACACCCGGAGAAUAAAAUUCUCACAGAGCCACAGCCUAAAAAGGCUAAGCUGGUCUGUUGAAUCAGGAAGGCCAAACGUUUUUCUUAAAUACUGGACAGAGAUUUAAACAAUAUCUAAAAGCGCGUUUUUAGUUCCCUCCGAGACACCCGGAGAAUAAAUUCUCACAGAGCCGCAGCCUAAAAAGGCUAAGCUGCUCUGUUGAAUCAGGAAGGCCAAACUGUUUUACUUAAUGCGAGACGGGGAUUCAAAAAAUAUCUGAAAAGCGCGUUUUUAGUUCCCUCUGAGACACCCGGAGAAUAAAAUUCUCACAGAACCACAGCCUAAAAAGGCUAAGCUGCUCUGUUGAAUCAGGAAGGCCAAGCUUUUUUUCUUAAUGCUGGACAGAGAUUCAAACAAUAUCUAAAAGCGAGUUUUUAGUUCCCUCUGAGACACCCGGAGAAUAAAAUUCUCACAGAGCCAUGCACAGCCUAAAAAGGCUAAGCUGCUCUGUUGCAUCAGGAAGGCCAAACUUUUUUUAUUAAUGCUGGGCAGAGAAUCAAACAAUAUCUAAAAGCGAGUUUUUUAGUUCCUCUGAGACACCCGGAGAAUAAAAUUCUCACAGAGCCACAGCCUAAAAAGGCUAAGCUGCUCUGUUGUAUCAGGAAGGCCAAACUGUUUUACUUAAUGCUAGACGGGGAUUCAAAAAAUAUCUGAAAAGCGCGUUUUUAGUUCCCUCUGAGACACCCGGAGAAUAAAAUUCUCACAGAACCACAGCCUAAAAAGGCUAAGCUGCUCUGUUGAAUCAGGAAGGCCAAACGUUUUUUUCUUAAUGCUGGACAGAGAAUAAAACAAUAUCUGAAAGUGCGCUUUUAGUUCCCUCUGAGACACCCGGAGAAUAAAAUUCUCACAGAGCCACAGCCUAAAAAGGGCUAAGCUGCUGUGUUGAAUCAGGAAGGCCAAACCGUUUUACUUAAUACUAGACGGAGAUACAAACAACAUCUGAAAAGCGCGUUUUAGUUCUCUCUGAGACACCCGGAGAAUAAAAUUCUCACAGAGCCACAGCCUAAAAAAGGCUACGCUGCUCUGUUGCAUCAGCAAAGGCUAAACUGUUUUACUUAAUGCGGGACAUGCACGAUCAUCUUCACAGAUCUAAUCAGUGCAAAAUUAAAUAAAGCUUUAAUCUGUAAAUCAAUUUUUGGUUUAUGAAAUUUUACUCACUUUUACCGACAAAUGAUAGCCACUGGCUUUGGCAAAAUAAAUUUUCCUGUUUUCUUAAAAUGGAUUCGAUAAAAUUGAAAAUAUCCACUACGAUCCACACUUAAAAACUGAAUUCUGACUGAAUUGAACUGUUUGCGAUCAGGCUUAAGAAAUAGUGAUCUCCAUCAACAUUCUCCAUGAACAUUACACUUUCACAUCAUUAGCAGUUAUUGAGAAUUUAUGAAAUGAUCGAGGGAUCAGUGUCGACCUUAAAACGUUUUUGCGCUAAAAUGAUAAUAGGUAGCCAUUUGAAGAUGAUACAAAGGAACCUAAAAUAGUAUCUGUCUUUCGUCUCAGGUCGUUUUCCAUCAGUGACGCAAAGUACACAAGUCGUGACAGAUUAGUGGCUAUUAAUUGAAUCCUAAUUAGGUUUUUACAAGGACACCGGAAAUUGAAACUUCCUCCCUGUGGUGAAUUUCAAAGAUGAAUCUCGUCAUGCUAUAAAGAAAAAACUAAGGCGGUGAAACAAAUUAACAUGCAGCAUUUAUUCUCCCAGGCUGGGUUGUUCAAAGCUGGGUUAAGAUAACCCAAGGUUAGUACGAAAUAUGAAUUCAGAUACGAAAGUUUCAAAAACAAAUUGAUUUAAAUUCUUUUUGUCUACAAUUUGGUGACUGGAUACGUAAAAAAGAAAAGAGAAAAUUAUCUGACAAAAUGCUUUUGAUUAAAAGGAAGAAGAAACGCGGGUUAAAAUCUAACCCUGGGUUAGUGCUAAUCGGUCUUUGGAACAACUGGGCCCCGGUCUUUUUUAGGGUCCAAUAAUUCUAAAUCACAUAACCACUUUGAAGUGAGUCAAUGGUACACAACCUGGGAAUGUGUUGCAUUCCUCUUCUGUCAUUUGAUUAUAAUAAAGCCUAGGGUCGUACAACGGGCAAGGAUGUCCGAGUACUAAAACUAGAAAUUCAAAAUCACACAGUAACUGUUCUAUACCGUACAGAUCGAGGGCCCACACUACCUCCCCUUUAUUAUACAAGUAAAUACACUACAACAAAUCUACUGGACAAAGGUCCAGUAGUCAGAUCAUUUACUGUAUUUUUUGUACAUCAUACUAAAAAAUCAAAUGUGGUCCAAAAUAAACAGUUUUGUGGAUUUCAAACUCAGGGUUGUGAUUAUUCACUUGUGCAUAAUUUCCUCAUGGCCAUUUAACCAACAAACUUAAUUCAAAUUAAAACCAACAAUUUUAGUUUAACCGGUAUUUGUUGUAGUUUUGACUGCCCACCUAGAGAUGACCGCAUCUCGAUGGUGGGCUUCCUAAAAAUGACCACAUUUUGAAAACCCAUCAGCCAAUACUACAACAAAGUAUGUUGAAACUGCUCACAAUUUUAUUUGAACAUUAACUCAGCCGACAAAUUUAUGAAAGGCUAAUUUUUCUUACUCUGUUGUUUGCAACCCUGAGUUUGAGUUUCACUGAUUUUAAUGUUGAUUUUGAGUUUUACUGUUCAUGAAGUACUACCCAUUCAAUCCAAAAAAGUCAUAGCAUUUUUGCUGGCUAAAAUUCACCUGAAUCCUGGUUAUUUGAUCUUGGGAUACAAGGAGCGGGGUUGUGGCUUCCCAACAAAAAUUCUGAUGAAGAGACGGUCUUCAUAUACAGGAGCUACCAGUCAAAUCCCACCCGACAAAGCCCCCCCCCUCAUAAAAAAAUGAACAGACCAACACUGGGUUACAGGAGCUCUGAGUUGGCCUUGGAUCAUGAAAAGUUUAAAGCUAUAAAGAAAAAACUAAGGCAGUGAAACAAAGUAACAUGCAGCAUUUAUCCUUCCAGGCUGGGUUGUUCAAAGCUGGGUAAAGAUAACCCAAGGUUAGUACGAAAUAUGAAUUCAGAUAUGAAAGUUUUAAAAACAAAUUCAUUUGAAUAAUUCGUUUUGUCUACAAUUUGGUGAUUUGAUACUUAAAAAAGAAAAGAGAAAAUUAUCUGACAAAAUGCUUUUGAUUAAAAGAAAAAAGAAACGCGGGUUAAAAUCUAACCCUGGGUUAGUGCUAAUCGCUCUUUUGAACAACUCGGCCCCAGUCUUUUUUUGGGUCCAAUUCUAAAUCACGUAACCACUUCGAAGUGAGUCAAUGGUACAUAACCUGGGCAUGUGUUGCAUUCCUCUUCUGUCAUUUGAUAAUAGUAAAGCCUAGGGUCGCACAAUGGGCAAGGAUCUCCAAUUACUAAAACUAAAAAUUCAAAAUGACACAGUAACUGUUGUAUAUAGUUACAGAGGGCCCACACUACCUCCCCUUUACAUAAAGUAAAUACACCACAACAAAUCUACUGGACAAAGGUCCAGUAGUCAAAUAAUUUACUGUAUUUUUUCUACACCAUAAUAUUAUUAUUAAAAAGCUAACAAUAACAAGGCCACCCACAGUACCUUAAAUUUGGUCCAAAAAAAAAAGUUCUGUGCAUUUCAAAGUCAGGGUUGAGAUUAUUCACUUGUACACAAUUUCCUCAUGGCCACUUAUUCAAGGAACUUCACAUCAAAACUGACAAUUUUGUUCUUACCGCUAUUUGUUCUAGUUUUCACUGACUAUACCUGGAGAUGACCACAUCUUGAUGGUGAGCCUCCUAAAAAUGACCACAUUUUGAAAGCCCAACAGCCAAUAAUAAAACAAAUGGUGAAAUUGCUUUGUAUUUCAUAUAAUUUGUGAAUAGAAACUAGAACAGACAUGAACAAAUAAUUUCUUUGCUCCUCUUUACAACCCUGAUUUUGAGUUCAAUAGGAUUUGUCUUUUUAAACUGAUCAAACAGACUGGCGAGAUUUAUAUCAGCCUUCACUCAACAACAUUAACAUGGUGCAUUUCUUCACUUAAACCUAAACUUCUUAGACCAACGGUGUUUACACCUUCAAUAUUAUUAUACCCUUUUCACUAAAUGAGUCGAAUUUUACUAGAUUUAUUUAGUAUUGGAAUUCACACAGUAAGAUAACUUUUUGAUUUUCCUUUUUAAAUAGGAAUAUGAUAUUUUAUAAUUGCUGGACAGAAAAAAGGUUCCAGCUAAAAAUUUGUUUUGAGCAGUGACAGAAGACAUGAAAUAGUAAAUCUCAACUUUGGAGUGUCUGAAGGCAUUUUCUUUGCCCUUCCACAAAAUGACUUUCUACUUUCACUCUGCCACUAACUUUUGCCAUGACUUAUUAACGCCAAGUGAAAACAUAAUAUCUGAGGCAUAUUUCUGAAGCUACAUGUCAGUGCUAGUGAGCAGUCAUGGACUGCUGUUUUGAAGGGGCAUCCGAUAGCAAGAUAGCCUUUCGAAAAUCACUGAGCAUUGGGUGGUACAUAUUGUUUACCUCUGUAGGAAUAAUGUUGUCACUCUUUAUAUCUCUGAGGGGAAACCUCUACGAGUGCAAAUGUUCUAUAGCUUCACACAAUUUCAGUACAUUAUGUUUCCUGCAGAACACUGUGAAAGGGACAUGGAUUUACUUAGCAGGGCACGGCACAAAGUACAAGAAAACUAAUAUUGUAAAGAUGCUAAAAAUAUAACACAAGGAAGUACACGUGAGGUUUCUUUUUUGUGACAUUUACCCCAAACAGAUGGGGUAUCGAUGUAUGGGAGCAUUCAGUAUAUAAGCUUCACUUCUGUUAUCUUCUGAAGAGGAAAAAACGAUACUGUAAAUAAAUUGAGACCCACUGGAAUACCCCUGUAGCAUUUCUUCAUGCACAGACCACAAAAAGCUUCCCCAUGUUGAACCUGUAUUUCAUUGACCUCUUUAUCUUUUGGAGAGUUCAGGUGAUGCAACUCAAUUUCAAGAACAUUGGAAAUUUAACUCCUGUACCACUCAAGGAAAAAUCUAAAACAAAUGUACAAAAAAGUCACUAAACCCACUAAAAAUAACUGGUAAUUCUACCUUUAUUGAAAAUAUUGUGAAAUUAAAUGAAUUGUGUUACUUGUGUUGCCAUUAUCUUUAGGAACAUUAUAAAUACACAUGUGGCACAUUUUAGAACUUUUGACCUUUGGACUCAGCUUACAUGUACAGCUGUAUCAUUAUAAAUUAUUAUAAACAAAACAACCUUGUAUAUGAAAACAUGACAAAACAAAACAGCAAAAAAUGACAGUAAGGCAUAUAAAAUAAAGGCUCCACCCUACCCCUGUCAAAAUCAAUGGUACAUGUACAGGUAUUACGCUCAAUAUGUCAAUAUAGCGCCAGAGGAAGUAUAAAUUACUCAAGCAAUUAAUCUUGAGCUACUUCUGCCAAAUACCAAUAAAUUAGCACCAAAUACCAAUAAAUUAACACCACUUAAAUUUUUCAACAAGGCUUUUUUCAGCUGGAUCACUACCAUACGCACGCGACACGCGUGCACAUACAUGCUACAAAUGUAAAUAUGGAUGCAAAUGUAGUUUAUUCCCGGUUAGAACAUAGAUGUGGCAGUAGAAGCACGAUAUACAAAGCAAAAUACAUCGACUUUACCUUUUAAAUUUCGAAUAUCCUUGAGAAAAAAUCCAGCAACAUAGGCAAUCUCUUCCUCCCGCCAAAUCGCCAAAAGAACGCGCGCCCGAUUUCCCAAGCAUUUGCGCCUCAGUGGUGCUGGUCAGCGACAGUCUGCAUAACCGUUCGAGAACGAGGCACAACGAUCGAAAUCGCCCAAAUUUCGUCGACCGUUACCACGUUCCAUUGCCAUCGAUUUGCCACCAGCUUUUACUUCAUACGUUUAACGCCAUAUUUAUCAAGAGUUUUCGAAUUUUCCUUCUUUGUGGGCUUGACUGUCGAGUAUGGAGGAAUCGGCCAGUCUUAUUUGUUCGAAUUUAUCGAACGAAUGUGUCCUCGAAGAACUUAUGAAAAUAAUCGCUCGAGCUCGAGGGAACUGCAUACUUAUAGACUGUUCGACGAAAAGGAAAUUGCACUUAUCCACCAUGAAAGACAUCUAGAUAGCUCCAUCGGCGACGAUCAAGUAGUAACGAUUGGAUCCAAGAAAAGCAGCCGUUAGUACUUAGCACAUAGACUUCGGUGAAUCGUUGCUGUUAGCAGACAUUGUAAAACUAAUAAGCGGCAGGAGAAAUGCAAGGACAAACAAAUGCUGAGGGAGCAACUAAUCGGGAGUAAAAGAAAUGCUCAGUAAGUAUAUGAAAGUUCAUUCUUACUGUUAAUCCAUUAAUGAUGCUAUUUGAUAAUACCUACAUUUACAUUCCCAAUAUUCAGUAAUCAACAAGGACUCACCCCUACUCCUGAAAUUUUAUUUGUCCUGUUGUUUUAAAAAAUACUAUAAUCUUUUAUUUGGUGAGAACAACCAAAUAAAAGAUUAUAGUAUUUUUUAAAACAACAGGACAAAUUCGAUAAUGGUCUUGGAAAUUUAAUAAGAAUUGAAGCAAGUGUUAAUUCCCCUCUAAGGCCAAAAAUAACCUUAUCCUCUAGUGCCUACUUUCUCCAAAGGCUUUUCCAAAAUUUAAAAGGGGAUUAAAGGCAGUGACUGCCAUGGUGCUGAAAACAUAGAGUAGCUAGAAUUUAGAUCAUGGUACCCUGCUUUCACUGAUUUUUUUUUUUUAAUGAUCACCCCAUGUAAGGAAUUCUGGAAUCCGGGAAAUUAAUUUUUUGCUUAUGGAAUCCAGAAUUCAGGCAAUUUUUGUUGUGGAAUCCUAAAUUCUGAGCUUUGAAACCUGAAAUACAGGUCAAACAAUUGGAAUCCAGAAACCAAGUAAUCCACUGAAAAAGGUUCUGGAAUCCGCAGCGUGGAAUCCAGAAUCUAAAACUGUCUUGGAUUCCCUCAUAUGAGGCAAUUAUAGUAUAAUUAAACUUUUGUUCCCAAGAUACACUGUAAGUGAUGGCAAUGUUGCAGAAGAAGCAGGUCCAUGAAGUUUUAAGUAAUAUGUCAAUAAUGUUGUUAUGGUAGUGAUGUAGUGGGACACUCACUAUAAAAUUAAUACAAUGAUUUAUCUGGAGUCAAUUGUCUUGUUACAAAUUUAAAGGGUUUCUUCCAUUCAUUUUUUCAUUUUGUUUUUGCUCAAAGAAGGUCUUAGUUUUAACAGGUACAGUGUAAUCAGGAUUAUGAUGACUGCUUGGGGUUAGAUUUGAGACAUGAAAGUUACAAGCCAGCAAUUUGUUUAAACUAGUUAAUUUUGAUAUCAGUUAACUCAGGAAAUAAGUAAGUUUAGUCACGUAGUGUGACUGCAGCCAGUAAUAGUACAUGUAAUAUCUAAUAGCAACCUUUAUGCUAUAAAAGGCUAGAAUAUUUAGACAGAAAAGGACAAUAGUAUUUUUCAUGACAACCAUCUACAGCUUUAGUUUCAAUAUUAAUGGUCUCAAUUAUGUAUAAUUUCUGUUUGUUGCAGAAAAAGCUAAAGAGACCACCCUUUUCCAGUCAACCUCUAUUUCGAAGAAGGAUUGUUGUAAGUUCAAAGCUUGUAUAAAUGUGGAGUACAUGUCUUCAGAGCAAGGCAAUACAGACCAAGGAGAUGACAAAUCUGAGAAAAGUCCUUUGCAGGAGGCCUCUAGCAUGGAGGAGUCAACAACUUAGCCUGUAAAAACCUCUUUGCCUAGCUGAACGGUAAAGCAAAAUUCUAACAGUCACAUGUAAGCCUGUCAUUACUCAAUGACAAUAGAAAGGAGGAAUGGCUUCUCCUCAGAGAUGGAGGCACCAGAUAAUGCUCCUGAAUUUGCUUUGUGAUAAGGAAAUAUAAGUUAAUCCAAUGCUCUUAAAGAAAUUCCAGAUUAUUUAUGACUGGUCAUACUUACAGGUACAUGUACAUGUAGCUCUGCAAAUACAGUAAUCCUUUAAUCACUCUCUGUUUAUGACACUGUUUUUUAGAAAAAGAUAAAUCUGUGUAAACAGUACAAAUCCUGAUGGUGUUGAUUUGUCCUGAGAAUUCUGGUGGCAGGUAGAUCAAAUUGGUUGAUGUGAUAAAUUUUUCAUUAGAAUCCUUUGGCUAUUGUUUGCAAGUAAUGUACCAGUCAGCAGGUUAAAAGGCCAAUUAAUGUACAAAUGUUUCUUUUAAAUCUAUUUGCUUAACUGCAGGCAUUUGAGUUCUGCUGGCACCACUUCACAGUACAUGUGUACCGGUUACAGCAAUUGCAACUGACCUGCUUGAACAAAAAACAAAACAAAUUUAGGUACACCCUGCUUUUUGUCAUGAUUUAGUAUGGAAUUUUGCAAAGGAUUGCAACAUGACUCAAGAAAAAGAGUAAUGAGAGACAGCAGUGUAGUUAUUUUGCAGGCUAGCCAGAUCAACCUUUUGUACUACAUGUACAUGUAUACUGAAUUUAAAAUAAUUAUUAGCUUCUUUCAUUGGGACCAACUACAGUGACAAUGGUAAUGUUGAUAUGCUGUGGAAUACUUACAGCUGGUCAUUACUUUAAUGACCCUCAAUUUUCUUAGAACAGGGCAAGUACUAGAAGCUCCGGCUGGUACUUCCUCUAAGAGCAUAUCCAAUACUAUACAGGAACCAUUAGUAACAAAAAUGAAGUUAAAGAAGUCUGAUCUGAAUUUGAAUAGCUACAUGUACCUAAACUAUUUCUUAGUUUGCUAAAUGCUAUAACCCAGUUGUUAUACCAGCAAAAAUUGGAAAUUGGUAGCAAGAAUUAGGCCUUUCAUUCUAAUAGAGCCUAAAGACAAAAAAUGCCACCAGAAUCAAAUUUUGUUUAAUCUGUAAAUAGCAAUAAAUUCAAAAAUGCUAAUUAUUUAUUAAAAUGGGUGUCUUGAGGGUUCCAUUUGGUUGGAACAGGAUUUUGUCCUUAGAUACAAAAGUUUAAGUAAGAAAUAGUCUUGUCAUAAGUAAAUAUUGGCCCAAGGGUAAAAAGAUUUUUAACCUGUUUCUGAGUUGCAAAAACCUAAACAACUGAAAUAGGUUUGAGGCAACUCUGAAACACCUACAGCUGUAUGUAGAAUAUCUUACACAUUUAGAUGAAGAACACUUUUCUUAUAAUAUUAAUAGUUAGUAAUGAUCUGAUAGAGCAUAGAGUGGAGACAAGUACACAUCAACGAACUGUAAAAUUGGGAAUUAAUAUGAAGAGCUGUAUGUACAGCUGUACACUGUAGUUUGUAAAGUCUGUAAUAAUGUGUAAGCCACUUUGGUUUAUAGAAUAAAUCAUUUGAACAUUAUAAUGGGAGGUCACUGCUACAAUUUCUUUCAGUAACUUUAAUAUUUGAAGCUAUAAACUUCAAGAUUAAUUAUAGCCACUUGUUAAGAACGUGAAGUGAGCCAUGUUAUAAUUAAAAAUAAUUUAAAAAUUUUAUCGCAUUUGCUACAACUCAGGCAAACUCGUUUAAACCUUGGAAUUUACAUUUGCUACUUGUGAAAAAAUGCUCAAUUUUAUGGGUUUGAUGACAUUUGCUAACCAAAUUAAAGUCAGAAUUUGAUUACAUUUGCUACCUGAGCGAAAAAUUGUACAAUAGUAACAGUUUGAUCAGAUUUGCUGCUUAAGCAACUUUGUUCAAAACUUGACUUUUGACCACAUUUGCCGCUACAAGCAAAAUUCUGUGUUUGAUCAAAUUUGCACACCCUAGAAAAUUUGUUCAAAGUUUAGGUUUGCUAACAUUUGCUUCGUGGGCAAACAUGUUUAAUACAAAGAGUUUGGUUACAUUUGCUAUGCAAAGCAAUCUGGUUCAGUUAUGAAAAUUUGAUCACCCAUGAUAACCCAAGCAAACAUUGUUCAAAUUAGAUACUUCGCUCACAUUUGCAAAGCUGCGUAAACGUUCUGAAAAUAACAGGUUUACAUGCUUUUACAUCUAAAGCAAAAGCUGUACAAAACAGCAGAUUUGCGCUAUCAUUUGCGUAAUGUGCAAAUAUAGUUCAAAGAAACAUAUUUGCCUACACAUUUGAACCAUCUGCAAAUGACCCUCAAAUCCAUGGCUGCCCAUUAUCUUUGCACCAAGAUGUAAAUGCUGUGCAAAUGUGGCAUUUACCGUCAUUGCUACGGAUAGCAAAUCUAGUGCAAUAUCAGUCUUUGCUCUUGCGCAAAAUUGUGCAAAUGUGGUAUUUGCUACACAUUUGCUGUAAUUUGGCUACCCUAGUAAAUCCAUUUUUUCGUCCAGUGUUGUCGUUUGCGGUGAACGUGUUUUUUAGCCUCUCUAUUGUUGUUCUGAUUCGUAAGGGCGAGUAUGUAUUCCUUUUAAGGCGGACUUGAUUUCGGUUAAUUAUAACCUUUUAUAACCUUACAUUCUGAGUAGUCCGUUAUGGAUAUUUGGCUGUAGUUCUAAGAAAGUCUGUAGAUGACAUCUAAAGGUGUGAAAAUGAAGGCAAGUGAAAGCUACUGAACAGUUCUUUUCUUUAGUAAUCUUAUUAUAACUACAAAUGUCGUCCUUAAACAUUCGAGUCUGUGAUGUGCAUUGAAAUGUAACCUUUUCAGUGGCACUGGUGGUGCUAAUUGUUUUUGAUAAUUUUACAAACGAAAAUGUAGACAUUUGACUAGGGGAACAGCUUGGGAGAACACGGGAUAAACUUAACAAUGUUUCUCUCCUUUCUUUAAAUUUCUACUCAAGAGCUCGUUAAAUUCGAACAAAAAAGAAUCCUUCAGAAAGACAAUGGUUAACUGAUUAAGUAGAUUCCCUAUCCCGUGAGUAAGGUCAAUGCUUACUGAACUACCGGUUUUCAUUCUCUUUCAGUAUAACUGGGUUCACCACGGUUAACGAUUAUGAGACUAAAAUCGACUUAAGCAAUAUGCUCAUGCAUUUGAUACCACCGUGUUCUCAUCUUGGCCGCAAAAUUAAGUUGAGGCGGCUAUCAACGAUUGCGUUAGUCCAAGAGCCCUGUGAAAUCAUGCAAACUAAAUGGACUUGGUACUGGAAAGAAAAUGGCAACGUAUGGCUUAAGUAUGGGAAUGACCGUUCGGUAAGAUCAACAAUAACUGUUCCGUGACAAUUACCUAACAAGUUUUACCAAAAACUGAAUCAUUGGAUAAUGGAAUUCUAGAGCUCUGAUUGGCUUAGCCAUCAUGGUAUAUGAGCCAUUAUACCAUGCUCUCCAAAUGUGGUAACUGUACACAUCUGCUCAGAAUUAAAAACAAGCGGAAAAUCGGUUGUUUUUACAAAUAAAGUCGGGAAGAAUUCUCGAUAUUUUGUGGGCGUUUUUAAUAAAACAAUUAUUCCACUCGCGAUUAAUUGUUGGAUGUGAGAUGAUUAUAGCCAACUCGGCGCUACGCGCCUCGUGGGCUAUUUACCAUCUCAUAUUCAACCGGCACUCGUGGAAUAAUACUUAAAUAUCUUAUUUUUCUGGUCGAUAUAGAAUGAAGAUGAUGUGAACUGCGGAAAUACAAAAUUAAAUGAAGAUAUGAUCGUCGCAGUUGUAAUUGCAAUUUAAGCAAUUCCAAAUUAACCCUAAAACAAUUUCCGGACCCCUGGCCUCUGCGUUAGCGCUGCAUUGCUCUACCAACUAAGCUAUGAAGACUCAAAUAGCAGAGGGAACAGGCAGAGUUCCGUUCCCCCGCCCCUUUCUCUGGCCUCUUUGACAGUGACACCAACUGACACCCUGAGCGAGAUUUUCAACCCCAAAGCCUUCAUUUGUUGAUAUUAUCUUGUUGUAGGGAAGAGAUCUUCAGCUUCUUAUAGAGCAGUCCUUCUUGGACGGGAGCAAGCAAGUGAAAUUCAAAACUGGACAGCAUGAAUACAACUUAUCCUUUUAUUCAAGUUCUUCUUUUUCUCAAGUUAACUUGAAAACUGGCACCAAGCGAGCGGUGAAAAGAAGACCCCUGGAGUUUGUGUCUCUUGAAAACAUCGAAGACCUGAAGUGGUAGGCUUUCAAUAUAAUCUUCAUCGCAAUACCGUUGUCGUAGAAAACUGCUGUAAGGAAGAGUGAAAGUUUGGAAAACAUGUUUUGGAUAAUUUAGUUUCUAAGGUUUACUUUCAAGGGAGUAACAUUUGCUUUUGCCACAGUAUCAGUGUUUGACCGGCUACAGACUGAUCAUGAGGUUACCCAUUUCACAGUUAAUAGAGUGGGCCAUAUUAAGGCGACUAAACAUGGGCAGUUGUACAGUUUCUAGUUUAAUAGAAUGUUAAAUUGAAGGUACUAAAAUAAUUUUCUUCUUUUGAAGGAGAAAUGGUGAUUCUUGUCUCAGGGAACAAAUACGCAAAAGAAGCGCAAACUACAAAUACAUUCCCAGCAACUGGUCCUCCGCCAUGCCACCCAACUCACAGUAUGAACGCGUUUCAUUGUUCUCUUAUGAGGAGGAGUAUAAAACUGUGGAGCAGUUGUUCAGACGUACUAUGAACGACGGCUUCAAGAUCCAGAGCAUUCACCGGGUACAGAACCCGUUCAUGUGGGAGAAAUACUGCAGGUAUUAGUACAUACAUUUUAUUUCCUAACAAAACUGCGUUCAAGAAUGUCAUAGCAAGAUGACCUUGAACUGGAGCCACAAAUGAAAAAAAAAAAACGUUUCUGUAAUUUCUUCAAUAAAAACACAAGUUGUAAACGGCUGUUGUUGUUUAACACGUCAAAGUAAUAUGCACUUAUAACUAUCUACAUCAUACGACAUGCGGGUAAAAUAGUUAGCGCGUGACAGAAGUUCUUUGAGGAUUGAGUGUUUUUUAUAUUUCUAUCAAACUGACUUCGAUGUCUAUUUUUAAAUCUUGGCCGCGUCUUGUUUUUUCGGUCUACUCACCAGUGUCACUAUGCGGAUCUCAGACACUUCCUUCUCAAAUCAUUUAAUAAUUCGUGAACAGAAGACGAAGAAAAUCACUGUCUUGAAGGUGGCUUAAAAAUCAAAUCUUUAGUUUGCCAUAAAAUUUUGCGCGAAAGGAUUUGAGAAACUAUAUAAAACACUUAUUAAAAGCUUCGGUUGACACCUCAAAUGAAACACCUCUUUCUCGUUUUUAACAUAGUUUGACUUUCUUAAGGAAAAAAGAAAACAUGAUGUCAGUGGCUAAGGGCAACCAGCAAACUGUCAAUGAGAAGCAGUUGUUUCACGGAACUAGCCCUGAUGCUGUGGAAGCCAUCUGCAAACAAAACUUCGACUGGCGUUUACACGGAAAGAAUGCCACCAAGUACGGCGAGGGAAGCUACUUCGCAGUAAAUGCCUCUUACAGCCACACCUAUGCCAAGAAAAGUUCAAGUUCUGAUAUGUUUAUGUUCGUAGCCAAGGUUCUUGUGGGUUUCUAUACUACCGGUAAUUCCAGUUAUCGAAGACCGCCGUCAAAGAACCCUUCGGAUCCUGCAAGUGAUCUGUACGACUCGUGUGUUGAUAACCAAGCUAGGCCAACCAUUUUCGUUGUCUUUGACACCGAUCAGUUCUACCCCGAGUACAUCAUUCAGUAUGAUUCAACAGCGUCUCACACAACUUCUGCCAGUGGCUCUGCCUUACCACAACCAGGCAAUCUUAAGCGCCUUCCGGUAAGAGCAAGGCCAGGAGCAAGGCCAAAUGAUACUAGUGCUUACUAUGCCCCGCAACCACCAAGUACAGUACCGUCGCGACCAAAUCGUUCCAGCUCCCAACCACUAAAGGGCAUUCUGAAGCACCCGGCAAGUUCUAGUGUUUCUGUAACGUCUAGUCUAUACGUAACAGACACACCAAGUAGUUAUUCCCUAAGUACGACUAAGCCGUCACAAAGGCCAAGGCAUGUUGGACAGAGGCCAACUCAUGUUGCUCCAGCAGCCAAUUCUAGUGUUUCUGUGACUUCUAGUCCAAACGUGACAGGCGCAGGAAACAGUUAUUCUCUAAGCACGACGAGUUCGUCACAGAGGCCAAGGCAUGUUGCACAGAGGCCAACCCAUGUUGCUACAGCAGUCAAUUCGAGUGUUCCUGUCUCAGGAAGUAGCAAGUACUCGACAGUAUCGACCAAUAACUCGCUAAGUACCUCUAGUCGUCUGGAUACAAGUUAUACCGCAAGCAGUUCUCCUGCGUCGAAUUUUUAUCACACAGUGGCUAGUUCAAGUCACAUUACACCAACACGCCAUGUUGGAUCUUCCCUGCAGAGCGUUGGUCGAGCAAGUGCCUCAGAUUCUUCUUUUUCCAGCCCUUUCAACUCAAAAAGUUCAGUAACAUUCCCGACACCCAAAAAGAAGAAAGACUGUCUAAUUAUGUAAUGUACGUAGUUAAUGAAGUUACUACAUUAGCGUUAUAAUGGAAGAUAUAACUUAUAAACUCGUUUAUUUUUUGUCGCACGGUAGUUACUUUGUUAUUGAUCGUUCGACUGCGAACUGCUGUCUUUCAUGAAGCCACGGUGUCUAUUAACUGAUCGGUACCAUUAGUAACGACACUGUUACUUGUGAUUCGCGCUUUACAAAUCUCACUCAUGCUUUAUAUGGUUGGUGGGUUUCGAUCCGAAGCAUUGUUGACUUUGUUAGUAUAAGAAACAAGAGAAACUGUUCCCUCAUCGGUACACUGUUUUAAUUGUACCAACAACAACAACAACAUAACUUUAUUGCAAGAAUAAAUUUAAUUAAUUACACUGUCCCGCAGGUAGCAAAAGCUAAUCUAGGCGGGACAGAAGUAAGAAUUGAGGGUUAGGGUUUAACUUUAAUUUGCUGUUUCAGGUCAGUUCUAUGCUUAAAAUAAGUAAUUAACUAUAAUUGCCUUUGUCCAUAGACAAAAUGCUUCUCUAUUUUUGGAAAUGGAAAACACACGAUAUUCUCGCUUUCUAAUUUAUUGGUUGGUUACACGACAUAAAAAUCUCUCACUAAAGUAAAAUUUGUUCUCUAAAGAUAUAUAAUACCGCACAUACAUUGUUUCAAUUACCUGUCAGAAAACCUUUCAAUUCUCUUCUCAGCUUACGUUAACUACAACUUGCGUGUCUCACUAACAGAGCUCUUGACAGAUUCAAUAGCACUAAUUGAAAAUGUGAUAAUAAUCAAAUAUUACUGACAACAGUUUCCGACACUAUUUUCUUUAUAAUUUUUUAUUAGGAAGCACUAACUGUAAUAACUAUGAUGUUUGCACGCAUAAAAUCGCAUUAAAAUUUGAAUCUAUAUUGGCUUAAGUUUUGAAAAUUUCAAUUUAUAUCUACCCUUGUCAUCUGUAGUGACAGACGAUAGAAAAUAUUUUAAAAGUUUAAAUAUAAUCUUUAUUAAUAACACUUGUAAAAUAUACUAUUUUUUGGAGUUUAAAAAUGCCAAGUUUCUUAGUUAGCGCUGAUUUUAGCCACAAAUCUAUAAAUGUUUGGAAGGAUUUGGUUCCUCAAAAAAGCUUUUCAAUAAUUAUAAAAUAGUUAUUAGGCAAUUGAAGUAAACGGAAAGAAAUUGCAAAAAGCACUUUUUCUUGUAGUGAUAUCGUGAUAUAGAACAAUUCGAAACAACUGAAUUAAUAAACCUACCUG